AUGCUUUUGUUUCUUAUUGCACUCUCAGUUUACAGUCAUACAGUCCAACUUAAUAAUGUUGAUGCUGUGAAGAAUGUUAUUUUAAAAGACCAACCUAUGUACAACGAUGAGGUAACACCCACUGUUGACAAAACAAAAAUAUAUCACAGCUACAAUUGUAAGACUAAAGUUGUCGUGACAGACAUAACAGACACUUCUGUGGCGCAGUGCGUUGAUAACGGCGUUUUCGACUUUUCAAGUAAGUCUGCCAAAUAUGUCAAUUACGAGUUUAAUGGUAUUCAGGUUGAUACAGUCAAUCUUCAAAGUGCAGGUAUUAAGUCAUCUCAAGUCAACAAUGCACUCUUUGUGAAUGGACAAAUGUCUGUAUGUGACUUUUCUGAUUUUCAAGUUGAAAAAUCGACAUUUGAAGAUGUCACUUUUAAGGCUCUAACUGGGAGAGAUGUCGUAAUCCAAAAUUCAAAGUAUCACGACGGGGAAAUUGACUCAUUCCUCACACAACGAACAAUUAUUUUAAACACAGUGUUCUCGGAUUUUUCACUCAAAAAUGUCGUGUUUGACUACACCAACACUACUGUGCAACACGUGAAAGCUCUUGGAGAAAAUGAGACCUCAACAGACGCCUCCAAUGACACUUCUAGUGAUACCAGUAAUACUGUAGAUUCUUCUGAGCCAUCGGUAGUAUCUUCCAAUGUCCCAGAAUCAUCGAGUCAUGUUAUAGAUGACAGUUCUCAUACGCAGAGUUCAGAAAAUUCAAAAGUACCAACAGAGAGCUCAUCCGAGAGUACUUCGAAGAGUUCGGCAACGCCAAGUACUUCUGAAAGUUCCGAGGAGCCUGCGAUUGUAUAUACAAAUCAGCUUAAGGAUGUGGUGUUUUACGAUUCUGAAAUUGAAGGGUUUACUUAUAUUGAAGGGUCGAUGACUAAUGUCAAGUUUUCUGAAGGGAAAAUAAAGAAGUUUGAUAUACUGACGAGUGACAUCAACAACAUGACUGUCAUCAACAGCGACAUCAAAAAAAUGACCAUCAAAUUUUCAAGUAUAGCGAACUCAAAUAUUCAGACAAAAGAAGGCGAGGAAAUCUACUUUGAGCAAGUCCUUGUGAAGAACUGUAAGUUCGACAUUGAUGGGAAGGAAAAGUCGCAGUUCACACACACUCACUUUGUUAACACAGAGAUCAACGGAGUUCUUUUGAAGGACGAGGAAGGCGAUUAUGAGAUCGACGAUGGGAAGUUCGGGAAAAUCGAGAAGGACGAUUCAAAGAGUAAUGACGCGACUGUAUUCAGUGUCGUCAUUAUAGUACUUGCACUGUAUAUCAUUUUGGUUGUUGCUGCAGUCGUUGGUGCAAUUUACUGGAUCAAAAGUAAAGGGAGUAAUAGUGCAAAAGAUGAUGGAUACACGUUGGCAAAGUAA